UAAAUUAAGUGGAGAUAAACAAUGUUUUCUUAAUGCGAUCUUUCUUUACUCUGUGGUAUUUUGAUCAACAAUGCUUUUAGUUAAGAAAAACACAUGAAUUUAGCGUGCCAGGGUCAAUGCAGACUAUUUCAAAGACCUAGAACAACCUGAAGUUUGAAGAUCUCCCUUUAAGGGCACCAGGAGCUACCUUGUGGAGAGAUUGCAGACCCUGGAGCAUUCUGCUCCUUCCACUGUGUGAGCCUACGAGGUGGCUCUGUGCCUCGGAGGCAGGAAUUACAAUUAAGUAAGAGAUGGUAGUAAACUAUACUUUAAUAGCAGCUUCUGGCUCUCCACACAGGCUCUUUUACAGCUUUACAUUUAGCUCUGUAUGACAUUAUGAAACUCCACUGUAUGGUAAACGCAGGAUUUCCUGACACUAAUGACUGAUUACAGGAUUACGGGACGCCGACAGUGCUUCAUUUUGCUAAGAAGGGCUCUUCUUGUACGUGUAAGAAUAUUCCCUGCUGAGGAGCUGCCCACAGCCUUCCCCAGAUCUCUCCUGGCUAAUCCCCACAUUGACUCCGCAGCCUGGAAGCAAGUUAACAGCUUACCUCAUCCAGUUGCUAAUGCUCUGUGAAGGUGCUCACUUAAUAGUCCUUUCUGUCAUUUUGCCAUCUCAUUUAACUGAAUUACAGAUACUCCCCCUAAUUUUUUUUCUAUUUAUGCAUAUUUGUGUUCAGUGAAGUAGUCUACAGCUCUCCCGAGUAGUCAGACCUUCCAAAGGCAAUUGGAAAGGGCAAGAAGGAACAGGGCUUUUAUUCAAGGGUGUGUCGAAGUGUCUGGUGUGAACGUGGAAAAGGAGGGAGCUACGGCAGGGUGUGUUUGGGCAGGGGGAGCCGGCCAGCCCCGGCAGCGCAGGGAGUGGCUGCAGCAGGGCUGUAUAACGGGCAGGCUGGGAGGGUUCGCUGCCUGCACACGGCGCUGCAAAGCUUAGACUAGCGAACCUCCCUGCCGACUGCACUCCAGCCGGUACAGAUGGCUCCACAGACUGGCUCCACUGUAAAGGAGACGCGACCUGUUUCAGCCUUUCCACAGCUCUUCACCUGGGAGGAGAUCAGAAUCCACAAUGGCCGCGGUCAAGGGCAGGAGCAAUGGCUGGUGAUUGACAGGAAGGUUUAUGAUGUCAGCAGGUUUUCCAAACAACAUCCUGGAGGCAGCCGAGUUAUUAGCCACUAUGCCGGGCAAGAUGCUACGGAUGCCUUUGUUGCAUUUCACAAUGAUAAGUCUCUGGUGAAAAAAUACUUGAAAACUCUGCUGAUCGGGGAGCUGGCACCAGACCAACCCAGCUUUGAGUCCAAUAAAAAAAAAUCACUUUUAGAGGAUUUUCGUGAGCUCCGCUGCGCUAUUGAGAAGAUGGGAUUCCUGAAGCCAAAUUACACCUUCUUCUUCCUGAUUUUCCUUCACCUCCUGGUACUGGAUGCUGCAUCCUGGCUCGUGGUAUGGUACUUUGGGAUAUCCUUAGCACCUUUCCUGGUCGGCAUUGCAUUCUUCACCGUGGCUCAGAUCCAGAUGGGCUGGUUCCAACACGAUCUGGGGCACUGCUCUGUCUUCAGGAAGCCUAAAUGGAAUCGACUGCUGCAGAUUGUUGUGAUAAAUGUUCUGAAGGGGUUGCCAGCCAGCUGGUGGAAUCACCUGCACAACCAGCACCAUGCCAAACCCAACUGCUUCCGCAAAGACCCGGACCUCAACAUGCAUCCUCUCCUGUUCAGCCUGGGGAAAACGCUCUCCGUGGAGCUUGGGAUCAAAAAGAAAAAAUACAUGCCAUACAAUCACCAACACAAAUACUUCUUCAUCACUCUUCCUCCACUCCUGUUUCCCACCUACUUCCACUACCACACAUUUUAUAUUGCAUACACAAAACUGUACUGGGCAGACUUGGCCUGGAUGCUGACCUUCUAUAUCAGAUUUUUUAUUUAUGGAUCACUAUUAGAAAUCAAGAGUCUUCUAGCAUAUUACUUUAUGUUCAGGAUGCUGGAGAGCAGCUGGUUUGUCUGGGUUUCACAGAUGAACCAUAUCCCCAUGGAUAUUUACUAUGACAACAAUUUGGACUGGGUAUUUACUCAGCUCCAGGCAACAUGCAACGUUGAGCAGUCCCUGCUCGAUGACUGGUUUACUGGGCAUCUGAACUUCCAGAUUGAUCAUCACCUAUUCCUCUCAAUGCCAAGACACAACUACUGGAAGGUGGCUCCUCUGGUGAAGUCCUUGUGUGCCAAACAUGGCAUUGAGUACCAACGUAAGCCGUUGCUCACAGCUUUGGCAGACAUUGUGUGCUCUCUGAAGAAUUCAGGAGAGCUCUGGCUUGAUGCCUACCUACACAAAUAA